AUGAAUAGACAGAAGGGACUGAUGUACGCUCACUGCAGAGCGCGACUAGCGGCAGCCGCGUUUGGCUCAUCAUCUUCGUCGGGGGAUGACUUUUCUUCCGCCGCCUUCACCGGGGAUGAUUGCGGGGAACACGCACGACGCGAGUUCACACGGACCCAACAUGUUGCCGACACCACUGACACGUUUUCUUCCUCCUCUACGGUCAACAGUCGACCCACGAUCGACACGUAUCGCUCCAUGUCGUCAGAGGAGCUGGAGACGCUUUUGCGCACCCGUGAGAAACAGGUCCAGCAGCUGCGUGCCAUUUAUGAGAAUUUUCACUACGAGGCCGACAAACGCUUCCGCACGAUGGUGUUCGAUUACCAUGAGAAGGCCAUGAAUCUGUCACAGGUGCACGGAAAGAUGCAGCUUGGGUCCUUGCAGAUCAGUCGUGAGGCUCUUGUGAAGCUGCGGGAACAGCAGGAGAUGUACAGUCGUGACCACCGCCUUAUGGUCGCUAUAUGUACGCUGUUUACCUUUGUGUUCUGGGUGUGGGUGCGGCGGCACUACGUCCGCCACGAGGAUCUCUUUGGAGACGAGUCGCAGCUGCGCAUUCCCAAGAAUCAGCGCUCCGUGACAGGCAUGGGUAGUUAUAACGAAAACUUGUUUGGCUCGGCCAAGCGCAGCGCACGAAAUAUGGAAACUUCAUGGGAACGUGAGGUUCGAGAGAGGCGUGAGAGGCAAGAAAGGGAAAUACGCCAAUAG